AGCUCACAUCUUGUUCUCCUAAAAUUUGUGCCAGAUUUGAACACAUUGCCAUGGAAACAUACAAGCUUAUUUUGGUAGUGUGUGUUAUGCUGGCUUUAGUAUCUGCAUUGCCACGGCAACGGGCAGAAAGAAGUGUACAGCAAGCAGACGACGAAGUCCAGCGUGAAAAACGAAGUGGUCCACGAAGACCCAAUAGUCGAAUAAUCGGUGGCAUACUAGAUGCUUUUGAAACUGCUGUAGAAGCAGUUGGGGAUUUAUUCAGUAGUAGCAGUGAGAGUGAAGGAGAUGAUGAGUGUGAGCCAAUAACUGUAGCUCGUUCUGGUCGUGGUGGCGGACGUGGUAGGGGCCGUGAUGAUAGUGAUGACCGUGAUGAUAGUGGGGGACGUAGCCGUGUUGGGGGACGUAGCCACGGUGGACGUAGUCGUGGUAAAAACAGUCGGGGUAAUAAAGGAUGUAGAACAACAGAGGACGCAAACUCUCAAGAUGAAAACUAUUCUCGUGGUAAAGAACAGGAAGGUCCAGUUGGUGCAUUUCGCCAUGUACCAAAUGCAGCUAUUCCUGGUCAUAACAAAGAAAGGCAUAGUGAUGUGUCGGCUUCCCAGUGUGCAACUUUGUGCCUUGAAACUACUGACUUCAUGUGUUACUCAUUUGACUAUGACCGAGCUAACAAGAGGUGCUGGCUGAGUAAUAAGAAUUCACAAGUUAUUUCUCUUAAAACUAACUUCAGAAAUGAUCCUUAUGAUUACUAUGAAAGAAAAGGUGUGGAAUGUUUUGUAAUGUGGGACAAAUCAGAUUACCGUGGCACCAAGACAACAACUGUUGGUGGUGAAACUUGUCAGAAAUGGUCAUCUCAAUCACCACAUUCUCAUAUACGUACAGAGGAAAGAUAUCCAAACAUGGGAUUGGGUGAUCAUAAUUAUUGUCGUAAUCCAGAUGGAGAGGAAGACACUUGGUGCUAUACCUCAAACCCUAAUGUACGUUGGGAGUUUUGUGAUGUUGGACAACCUGGACAGACAUGUGACCCAG